UGACGAACGCCACCAUGACUGACUCCGCGUCAGGCUCAACUAGCGGGUCCACGCAGCUUGCCCCUUCAGCAAACCUCGACCUUACUCCCCAGCAGGUCAAGCAGUUUGAGCUCAACAGACUACGAGCCAAAGCUGCACAACGCGAGAAGGAAGCAUCCGCAUCGACCUCCACCGCCGUCAAUGGCAACAACAAGCGGCCUCUGACCGCUACAAACACCUCCCCCACUGCCCCUGGCAAGCCGAAGGGUCCCCAGAAGCUCGCCCGCGACCGCCGCCUUGGCACCUACAUCGAAUAUGACCUCUCGAAGAUGGCCAACACCAAAGGUGGUUUCCUCCUCCAAGAUGACACCGAGGUAGACGAGGACGCGGUGCGCCGAGAGAAGCAACGCGAGCGCGAGCGGAUGCAGCAGGCGCUCGAGCCGCCGGUGUUUUUGGAUAAGGGGAAGAAUCCCCAGUGCGGGGAGUGCGGGUCGAUCGAUGUGGACCAGACAUUCAGGAAGGUGUUUGGGUGCUUGGUAUGCAAGAAGUGCCAGAAUGAGAAGCCGGAGAAGUACAGUUUGCUGACGAAGACAGAGUGCAAGGAGGACUACCUCUUGACUGAUCCUGAGCUACGUGACCAUGAAGCCAUGCCACAUCUAUUGAAGGCAAACCCACAUCACUCAACCUAUGCGAACAUGAUGCUCUUCCUCCGAUGUCAGGUUGAAGCCUUCGCCUGGAAGAAGUGGGGCUCUGCUGAAGCUCUCGACGCCGAAUGGGAGCGGCGUCAGAAGGAGAAGAAGAAAAAGAAGAACAAGAAGUUCGAGGAGGGAUUGCGGGAGCUCAGACGGCGGACGAAGGGUACUGUAUGGCAGAGGAGACGAGAUGAGGACCACGUCCACACGUACUCACCCGUACACAACGGCAAGCAGAUGUGCACCAAUUGUGGGUUUACGAUGGAGGUAGAGGAGCUAUAGCCUGCGAUGAUGUCGCGGUGUGUCUAAUUCGGGAUUAGCCUAUGAUUAUACAAGGCACUUUUUGGAGGACAAUGAAGAUGUGCAUGGAACAGAGUCUGGACAAACACUGG